AUGGAAUCCAAAGUCUCUGAAGGGGGCCUGAAUGUGACCCUGACCAUCCGACUGCUCAUGCAUGGAAAGGAAGUUGGAAGCAUCAUCGGGAAGAAAGGAGAAACAGUGAAAAAGAUGCGUGAGGAGAGUGGUGCCAGGAUCAACAUCUCUGAAGGAAAUUGCCCGGAAAGAAUCGUGACCAUUACCGGCCCCACCGAUGCCAUCUUCAAGGCUUUCGCCAUGAUUGCUUACAAGUUUGAGGAGGACAUCAUUAACUCCAUGAGUAACAGCACGGCGACCAGUAAGCCACCGGUAACACUGAGGCUGGUUGUGCCGGCCAGCCAGUGCGGGUCACUGAUUGGCAAAGGAGGGUCCAAGAUCAAGGAGAUCAGGGAGUCUACCGGUGCUCAGGUUCAAGUGGCGGGGGACAUGCUGCCCAAUUCGACAGAGCGGGCAGUGACCAUCUCGGGGACCCCCGACGCCAUCAUCCAAUGUGUCAAACAGAUCUGUGUGGUGAUGCUGGAGGUACAGUCUGUAGCAGUGGGGUCCCCACCGAAAGGUGCCACCAUCCCCUACCGCCCAAAGCCCGCCUCCACCCCUGUCAUUUUUGCAGGUGGUCAGGUAAGAGCCGACCCGCUUGCAGCCUCCACUGCCAACCUCAGCCUUUUACUGCAGCACCAGCCGCUGCCCGCCUAUACAAUUCAGGGACAAUACGCUAUUCCACACCCGGAUCAGUUGACCAAGCUCCACCAGUUGGCCAUGCAGCAAACCCCCUUUCCUCCCCUUGGACAGACCACCCCCGCUUUCCCUGGAGAAAAGCUGCCUUUGCACUCCUCCGAUGAAGCUCAAAAUCUGAUGGGCCAGUCACCAGGUCUGGAUGCCAGUCCCCCGGCCAGUACUCAUGAACUCACCAUUCCCAAUGAUCUAAUAGGCUGCAUAAUCGGACGCCAAGGGACCAAAAUCAAUGAAAUUCGGCAGAUGUCUGGAGCACAGAUCAAAAUCGCCAAUGCCACAGAAGGGUCAUCGGAGCGCCAAAUUACCAUCACAGGAACCCCAGCUAACAUCAGCCUUGCCCAGUACCUCAUCAAUGCCAGGCUGACGUCUGAGGUCACUGGAAUGGGCGCACUCUAA